AUGUCGAAUGAGUUGAAACAAGACUUUGUGAAUUUUUGUUUAGAAUAUUGUCAUGGCUUGAAAGCUUUGUCAGAAAAAGACCAAAAUGAAUUUUUUGAAGCUGCAAUACAACCUGUUCAGACCGUUGAGAUGGAUGAUGAAUCUCUAUUUAAAUGCGAAGCCCAACCAAUAAGUUACGUAGAAGGCUUACACUGUGAUUUAUUCAAAUUUCAGCAAGAAGGUUUAGGAUGGAUGGUUCAGCAAGAAGCUGAUUUCAAGUUCGGCGGCGGUAUUCUGGCCGACGAAAUGGGUAUGGGUAAAACGAUUCAAACGAUUUCUCUUCUUCUCUAUAAUAAAUUUUCAAGCACUGAAGCUAACCAAACUGUUAAAGAAAUAGAAAAAAACUCGUAUGCAACAUUAAUUGUAUGCCCUGUCGGCGCAGUGUAUCAAUGGAAAUCUGAAUUAGAGAAAUUUGCGCCGUCUUUAAAAGUAUUAGUAUAUCACGGUCCAAAUCGAAGUUUAGAGGUGAACAACUUUGGUUCUGUUGAUGUUGUAAUCACUAAUUAUAAUUGUCUAGAAGUCGAAUAUAGAAAAGUUGCUGAUAAAACGAAAGUAGUUUGUCCAAAUUGUGGUCGCAAAUAUCUUCCUAAAAAUUUAGUUAUUCAUUUAAAAUACAUGUGUGGGCAGAAUGCGCGAAAGACAAGCGCUCAAGCUAAACAAGAACGAAAAGUUAUAUCGGGAGUAGAUUUCCAAAAUAAGACUCCUACCAUCAGUAAUAUAUAUAAAGAAAUUUUAGUCAAGGCUGGGCGAAUGGAUGAAUUAGAAGAACUUAACGCUGUGCCUUGGUUAGGCAGUAAAAAUUCGAAUGGAAAUAGGUUGAAGAAAAUACGAACUGAAGCAACAGGAGUAACAGACUCUGAAGUUCUCGACGCUAUUGAUGAUUACGACACUCCUUUGUCUGAAAACUCUUCUGAUGCGGUUUUUUUUGAUUCUGAGUCCUCAGCACUUGAGUAUUCUGAUGUUUCAGAUUCUGAAAUAGUCGAUUCGGCUAAAGCUGAAAGUAAAGUAGUAGAACAGAAUUUGAACAAUUUAACUAUGAAACAGCUAAGUUAUUACAUUGAGGUUUUUGGAAUAAAUGUAACAUCAACCGGAAAGAAAAAGCCUCUUAAAGUUGACUGUGUAAAAGCAUUAAUGGCUUAUAUGGAAGAAUACAUGAAUGUUACUAAAACUAAGGUAAUACGACCUGAUGAAGAAAUUGAUUUAUCUUCUAGCCCUCUCCAUAUAUAUCCUUGGCGCAGAAUAGUACUGGAUGAAGCUCAUCGUAUAAAGAACUUGACCAACAACACUUCAAGAAGCGCGAUGGCGCUAAAGUGUGUCGGUACUAAGUGGUGCUUGACUGGUACUCCGUUGCAAAACAGAAUAGAAGAACUUCACGCAUUGCUCAGAUUUCUAGAAUAUUACCCGUAUGGUUAUUACUUUUGUAAUCGUCCAAAAUGUGGUUGUAUGCUCAGCGAUCAUGUAUUCAACGAGAAAUCCGCUUGUUUAGCGUGUCACCAUACUAGAAUAAAUCAUUACAGUUUUUUUACAAAGACUAUUACAAAACCAAUAAUAAACCACGGUUCUAUCGGGGCAGGUUACACAGCGCUCGUUACUCUGCGAAACCAAGUAAUUAGUAGGCUAAUGCUACGUAGAACUAAAGUUGAACGAGUAGAAGAUAUAAAACUUCCGCCUUUGAUCAUUAAAAUAGACAAACGAAAACUUUCCGCCCCGGAAAUGGAUUUUUAUACUGCGAUAUAUGCUAAAACUCAGGUCGAGUUCAACUGCUUCGUCGAAAAAGGUACAGUGUUACACAACUUUGCUCACAUUUUCGACUUGCUGAGCCGAUUAAGACAAUCAGUUAAUCAUCCUUAUUUGAUAAUUCACAGCGAUCUUAAUCAAAGACAGCUGCCAUCUAAAAAGCUAAUCGAGUUUGCUUUCAAGCGUGAAGGAAUCCAAUGUGUGACAUACACAGGAUCUCUUACUGUGGACGCGCGUCGCUCUAUGAUCAACGAAUUUAUCUUAAAUAAAAAUAUAAAUGUAAUCUGUAUUUCCCUUAAAGCAGGUGGAGAAGGUUUAAAUUUACAGGUUGCAAGUCAAAUUUUUAUUAUGGAUCCGUGGUGGAACCCCGCUUCAGAGUUGCAAGCUAUUCAACGGGCGCAUAGAAUAGGGCAAACCAGGCCCGUACACGCUUACAGAAUAAUAGCAGAAGAUACAAUUGAGGAACGUAUCCUGCAGCUCCAAGAGAAAAAACAACUAGCGUUCGAUGGCACUAUUGGAAACAACAAUAAUUCGUUCCAAAAAUUAAACGCAGAUGAUAUUCGCUUUUUGUUUCAAUAA